UCCGAACCGAAUAAUACUUUCUUGUAGCUAGCUAACCCUUCUUAUUAUAGCUCAGUGAGCUAACCAUUUCUGACUAAAAUAUUCGAAUUAGUUAGCUAGAUAGAAAUUGUAACGUUAGCCAACUAGCUAGCUAGCUUGGUAAAUGAAAUAAUAUUUUACAAAAUGCAUUUAAUCUUUGUUUUAAACUGACUGACGUAGCGUAGUUUAUUUACGUUGGUGGCAGGCAAACUUGUUUUCUUCAGCUCAAGCGGAGGGAAGUUAACAAGCUAACGUUAGCUAGCUACAAUGACAUUUCUGUGAAUUCAUGGGGGGAGGACACACAAUUAAAUACGUCAUUGGCCAACGACCCCGAUUUCCAUCAAAACACCCAUGGCAAAGUGGUUAAAGGACUACCUGAACUUUGGCAGCCGUCGUGACGCCCCCCAGCCGCUGCGUCCUGACUACACAGAGAGUGAGAUCCUGAGGGCCUACAGAGCCCAGAAAGACCUGGACUUUGAAGACCCCUACCAGAGCGCAGAGAAACCACAAAAUGGCUGCUACGGUGGCUGCAGGGGGACAGUAAGCCUGCAUGCGUUUCCCGCCUUUGCUUCUGACCUUCCCAACGAUGCAGAGGUGAAGGUGGUGUCUCCCAAACACAGGCUGAUCAAGGUGGACUCUCAGGAGUUCAGUCGCAGUAAGGUCCCCCUUAGCCCCGUCACCAUCCAACAAGAACCGGUGCUUCCCUCUGCUCCUACAGCCGUAGGGGACUCCGACACCGACUACUCAGACCCUUUUGAUGCCAGACCAGUUCCUCGGCUUAGAGCAGAUUGGGAGCCUAACCCUAGCCCACACCUUACCUUGGACCUCAGCCCUAUCACCAGUCCUACCGUGGUAGCCUUCAGCCCUAACCCUAUCCUAGAUCUCAGUCUCCGUCCAGGGCACAGCAGCAGCUACAUGGAACCCUUUGAAGCCCAGAGGGUCAUCACAGAGCUCCAACAGGGCCCAGAGCGGGGCCGGCCAGGAGUGGGCAGUGGAAGGUCAGGGGUUGGGGUUGGGAUCGGAGAUCAACUCUAUGAUGACCCCUACGAUGGGACUCGACAUCGCCACUGGGGGGCGCCACCGCAGCAGCAGGGGAGAGAGUUCCUCAGGGAUGAACCGAGAGAGGUCAGAGAGAGCAGGCUGCCCCAGGACGAUGAGAGACCAGCAGAGGAGUACGACCAGCCCUGGGAAUGGAAGAAGGACCACAUCUCCAAAGCUCUAGCAGUGAAGUUUGAGGGGGCAGAGUGGGAGAAGUCGUUAGCCCAGUCAGACCAGGCCAGACUACCCAGGACCAGCCCCACAGCCCCAGGGGGCGUAGCCAGCCUUCGGAGGCCUGGUGACACCACCCCUAUCCUGGGUGAGAGAGUGGACCCCUGCCUGCCCCUGGAGAGACAGGUGUGGUACCACGGUUCUGUGAGUCGUGCGGAGGCAGAGACUCUACUGACGUUGUGCAAAGAGAGUUCCUACCUGGUGAGGAAUAGCCAGGCCUGCUCACAAGACUACUCUCUCUCCCUCAGGAGUUGUCAGGGCUUCAUGCAUAUGAAGUUCACUCGGAGUUCAGAGAGUCAUUACGUCCUGGGAGAGAACAGUCCUCCAUUCUCCUCUGUACCAGAGGUCAUCCACUACUACACCAUGCACAAACUACCUAUCAGAGGAGCUGAACACCUGUCUCUGCUCUACCCUGUCAUAGUACAGACCCUCUGACCCUUCUCUACUCUUUAGCUGCAUCCCAACUGGCACCCUAUUCCCAAUGUAGUGCACUACUUUAGUGCACUCUGAUCAAAAGUAGUGCACUAUAUAGGCAAUAGAGUGGGACACGGAUAUUUAUGAUACUAUUACUAGUACAGAAGGUGCUGUCAUCUAUGGAGAUGCUAACAUGGCUGCUGUGGAACUGUGAUGUUAUUCUUAGAGCAUCAACAUGGUUCUGGUGGAAACCACAAUGGUUAAACUAUUACAGUUGAAGUCGGAAGUUUACAUAUACCUUAGCCAAAUACAUUUAAACUCAGUUUCACAAUUCCUGACAUUUAAUCCUAGUAAAAAUGCCCUGUCUUAGGUCAGUUAGGAUCACCACUUUAUUUUAAGAAUGUGAAAUGUCAAAAUAAUAGUAGAGUGAUUAAUUUCUUUCACCACAUUCCCAAUGGGUCAGAAGUUUACAUACUCAAUUAGU